GGCCGUGGUCCAUUCUCGGAGAUUCGAGCAGCCAUACAAUGUCUGCUACACCAGCGCGAGUUUCUUGCUGAAGGAUAUCACAGAUAUCUUAGCAAAGGCAAGAGCUACGUCUUUCCAACCCUGAAUGGCGUUUCAGAGGUCAUCAUCCCGAGCAACAAGCUGCCAUGGCUGCUCGAUCACCCAGACAGCAAAGCCAGUAACGUGGAGGCCCACUUCGACAUGCUGGCUGGGCAGUACGCAUUCACCGAUCCAAAGUUGCUGCACCACCCUUUCCACGAAGAAGUCAUACACCGCAACUUAGGCCGCAAGUUGGCGAAUCUGAUUCCUCCGACCUGGGACGAAGUGAAGUUUCAGGUGGACAACACAUUGGGCCGGAACACCGAACAAUGGAAAGAGAUCCAUGUUCUGGAAGCCAUGACUGACAUCGCAGCCGCGAUCUCGAAUCGAAUGAUCGUCGGUCUGCCACUUUGCAGGAACGCGAAGUUUCGGGAUCUACAAGCCAGGUUCGCCGCAGGUGUUAUGUUUGUCGUUAUGUUGGUGCAGCUUUCACCGAAACUCAUGCAGCCAAUCGUGGGGCAUCUGGCAUCUAUCCCGAAUAGAUUGGUCGUUUGGCAAUGCAAAAAAAUGACCCUGCCAGUGAUAGAGAAACGUCUCGCUGAUAUCGAACACGAGGGAAAGAAUUCGGAGGAGAAGGGCCAUACCGACAUUCCGGACGACUACUUGACCUGGCAGAUUCGUUUGGCGAAAGAGCGCGGCGAUGCGAAGGAGUAUGAUGCGGACUGGAUCACGAGAAGAUUGAUGCCAUUGGAGUUCGCGGCAAUUCACACCUCUUCGUUCACGAUCGCGAAUAUUUUGCUUGAUUUGCUUGGCUCAGAUCCGAAGCUCGGGUACAUUGAGGCAAUCCGAGAAGAGGCUGAGACCGUCUAUCGAGAAGCGAACGGGCAAUGGACGAAGCAAGACCUCGCAAGAAUGGUGAAGACAGAUUCUGCAAUCCGAGAAAGCAUGCGAGUCUCCGGCUUCGGGGUUCGCGGAGUCCAGCGCAAAGUCAUCGACAAGAAUGGACUGAAGGAUGAGGAAGGCUGGACAGCUCCUUAUGGAUCCCUGAUAGCUACCGAUGUCUGGACGAGACACCACGAUCCAGCCAUCUAUCCCGACCCAUACAGAUAUGAUGCGUUUCGUUUCAGCAGGGCGAGAGAGCAAGAGGACUACUUGAAGUCGCAGAGCUUGUCACUCAUCAGCACGAGUGAUAGGUUCCUUGCAUUUGGGCAUGGUCGGCAUGCCUGUCCUGGCAGGUUCUUCAUCAACCUGGAAAUGAAGCUUCUGCUUGCAUACUUGGUGAUGAACUACGACUUCCAAUACUUGCAAAAGAGGCCGGAGAAUACAAUCACGGGGGAAGUCAUCAUGCCCCCAAUGAAAGCUGGGAUCUCGUUCAGAAGGCGUCCGAACAGCUUGUUCGCUGCGCUGUAG